AUGGGCACGUUGCAAGUAUACUGUCGGAAAGAGCGUCGUAUCGAUCGUGGCGCAGUGGCUGGGCAAACCUACAACCGAACCGUAACCGUAGUGCUUGCGAUCUCCCUUGCUGGUGGUCUGGCACCUCCCAUGGUCAUUCACAAGCAACGCACGCUUCCUCAAGAAACAAUCGCCGGACCUGUGAGUCUCCCGACCUGCAUUGCGUCUGGGCGCGAGUUUGGUCACUUUGCUUCCUGUGCAAACAAAACUGGAUGGAUCACUAGACCCCUUUUCUUUGGGUUUUGUCGUCGGCUGCGUGCAUUCGUCGGACACCGAGGGCCGAUUUUGUUGGUAUCUGACGGGCACAAGACGCGCAUAUCAUCACGGCUCGUCGCGUACCUCAAGUCUAUCAACAUUUUUCUCUUCUUGAUUCCGCCUUAUACCAGCCAUUGCCUCUCUCCAAACGAUCAGUGGCAUCAACACAUUCCUCGCGAUCGCAUCAAGCUGCUCUCAGAAACGUCGACGGUCAAUCGAGGCGGGUCAGCAACCAUCGAUGAGGAACUAGUUGCCCUUUAUACCGCCAUCCAUAUGCAGCACCAAUACCCCCAGCGUAUACGGGCCGCUUUUAAGGCUGCUGGGAUCGCCAAGGACCACUGGGGCACUGACCUCAUGCGCAACCAGCCUCACGAAGCGAGCCCGGAGCAUGAAGCGGCCGAUACCUCGCCUGCUUCAGGAGCCAUGUCUCCUGAACCAAGCGAAGCACAUCCUGGACAACUUGCUGCCCAGAGCACCCCACGAACGACCACCCGCUGGUGCGAACGAGCAAUACGCUGCAUUGAGCGCCUUGAGCAAAGUCAUCUCGAUGUUACAGCCCAACAGCGAAGUCUGGUGGCCAAUUUGACUAUGGCAUCGGCAGAAAGUUUGCCCAAACGGACCAGGGUGGAUUCUAUUCAUGGUCUAUUGUCAUCAGGAGCAUCACUAGAUAGGCUCCUAGCAUCAGACCAACGAGCUGCUGCUCGAUCAUCAUCAGCCCAUGAGCGAUCUAGGGCUCGUGCAACUUAUCAACAGCUGCAAGAGCAGCUUGGGCUGCCUGCUACGACCAAAGAACACCUCAAAGUAGCAUGUCAACGACUAGGCUUGCCUUGCACGGGCAACAAGCCGGACUUGUUAACUAGACUCCAGGCGAAAUUGGGGUUGGUUGCCGAUCUCACACCAUCCACAGCGUCAACACACGACCCUGCCCACCUCGAGUGCACGGAAACGAGCCUGCAAACCACCCCUGCAUUGGCUCCUGGAUUGUCAACAACCGAGCCUCAAACAACCUCCGAGGCGCAGGUAGCUUCUGCAACAGAAGAGCUGCCACAGCCCUCAUCAAGUCAGUCGCCCACCAACCAGGGCUUCACUGCGGAUGACUCGGAAUCCGACGAAACAGAUUCGUUUUUCGACUGUACCAACAUUGGCACCAACUCCGGUUUCGUUUUACACGGGCCUCUGGCCGGUUGGGCUGCUGACCUACCUGAUGACAUACCCGCAGGCGAUGGAGAGGCUGACCCAGGGCUUUUCGAGACCCAGCGGUUCGAGCAGAUGAGUCAAUUGAACAUCGAAGAGAUGGAUCGUUUGAUUCAAGCAUGCGAUGCCCCCACACGGGCAUAUCGAACAGAAAUUGCGAAGCUAACAUCCACUUGUGCCUCAAGUUUAGCCUAG